CGCGGGGCAGAGCCCGCCUUCGCCACGGGCCACCAGCCCGGCGUCUCCGCCACCGCGCAGCUAUCUGGGUGUUGGCGCCCAGCCAGUUCCCUGCCAAUGAAGUACAUCCUGGUCACCGGUGGGGUCAUCUCAGGCGUUGGGAGAGGGAUCGUUGCCAGCAGUAUUGGGACCAUUCUCAAGUCAUGUGGACUCCGUGUUACUGCCAUCAAAAUCGAUCCCUACAUUAACAUCGAUGCUGGCACGUUUUCUCCUGAGCAUGGUGAAGUGUUUGUCUUAAAUGAUGGCGGAGAAGUUGAUUUAGACCUGGGAAAUUAUGAAAGGUUCCUGGAUAUUAAUCUUUAUAGAGACAACAACAUCACCACUGGAAAGAUAUUUCAACAUGUGAUCAAUAAAGAGAGACAUGGCGACUACCUGGGGACAACUGUACAAGUGAUCCCUCACAUCACCGACGCUGUCCAGGAGUGGGUGAUGCAGCAAGCUGUGGUGCCCGUGGAUGGGAACAAGGAAGAGCCCCAGAUCUGUGUCAUCGAGCUGGGGGGCACCAUCGGAGACAUUGAAGGAAUGCCAUACGUGGAAGCAUUCAGACAAUUCCAGUUUAAGGCGAAGAAAGAGAAUUUCUGUAACAUCCAUGUUAGCCUUGUCCCACAGCCGAGCACAACUGGAGAACAAAAAACCAAGCCCACGCAAAACAGUGUCCGAGCCCUGCGAGGCCUCGGGCUCUUUCCAGACCUGAUUAUCUGCAGAAGCAGAACGCCCAUAGACAUGGCCCUGAAGGAGAAGAUUUCUAUGUUUUGUCACGUGAAACCUGAACAGGUAAUUGGUAUCCAUGACGUCUCCUCCAUAUACCGCGUGCCCGUGCUUUUGGAAGAGCAAGGCAUUGUCAAGUACUUUAAAGAGCGUUUGGACUUGCCUUGUAUAGAUGCUGCAAGCACUUUGAUUUCCAGAUGGAGCAACUUGGCUGAGAGGUAUGAAAAGUUACAGAAAUCAUGCUCCAUAGCCCUGGUCGGCAAGUACACCAAGCUCAGGGACAGCUAUGUCUCAGUCUUCAAGGCCUUGGAACACUCCGCCUUGGCCAUCAACUACAAGUUGAAUCUCAUGUGCAUAGACUCCAUUGACCUGGAGCAGGCCACCGAAAAUGAGGACCCUGUGAAAUUCCAUGAAGCCUGGCAGAAGUUAUGCAAAGCCGACGGUAUUCUUGUGCCAGGAGGCUUCGGAAUCAGAGGCACCAUGGGCAAACUCCAGGCAAUUUCUUGGGCGAGGACAAAGAAGAUCCCUUUUCUGGGAGUUUGCCUUGGGAUGCAGCUAGCGGUGAUAGAGUAUGCCAGAAACUGCCUGAACUGGAAAGAUGCUGAUUCCACAGAAUUUGAUCCAAAUACUCCCAUUCCUCUGGUGAUUGAUAUGCCGGAAUACAGCCUUGGCAAUGUGGGAGGAUCCAUGAGGCUGGGAGUCAGAAGAACCAUCUUCAAAACGGAAAAUUCCAUCUUAAAGAAGCUUUACGGUGAUGCUACGUUUGUAGAAGAAAGACACAGACAUCGGUAUGAGGUGAACCCGAACCUGACCAACCAGUUUGAGAAUAGUGACUUACAUUUUGUGGCUCAGGAUGUCGAAGGGGAGAGGAUGGAGAUCAUGGAACUGUCAAAUCAUCCCUAUUUUGUUGGUGUCCAAUUCCAUCCUGAGUUUUCUUCUAGGCCGAUGAAGCCUUCCCCUCCAUACUUGGGACUAUUACUUGCAGCAACUGGGAAUCUGAACAGCUAUGUGCAACAGGGACACAAACUGCCAUCCAGGGACAAUUACAGCGAUGCCAGUGAUGACAGCAUGUCAGGACCAAAGGUAGCUGAGCUGGAACGAAACUGAAACUGAUGUGGGAAAUGGAGGGACUUCCUGAGAAGCUUCUGAAAUACUUGAAAGACCUAUCUGAAGAGAUCACCACACAAGUUUUCAACAAACAUGGAUGACAAGUCUCAAACGAAACAAUCCUACCUUUUCCCCCCGGAAUCAGAUCAAACGGGACCAUUUUCUUUUCCCUCCAAGAUGAUCUCAGUCAUCACAAAUGCUACGCAUUGAUUAAAUGUCUCCCAACAAUCUC